AUGGAGACGAUCACGCCGGUGACGAUGAGGAUUGAGAGCGACGCGUUUCGCGGACUGUUCACACCGCAACUCGAGAAAUUGCGGAAAAUGUUUGAGAAGAGGAAUUUUGAGAUUCGAAUCGCCGGCGGUGCGGUUCGAGACAUUUUAAUGGGCAUCGUGCCAGCCGACGUCGAUUUCGCGAGCACGGCGACGCCGACCGAAAUGAAAGAAAUGUUCGAGAGCGAAAAUAUUCGAAUGUUGCACAAAAGAGGCGAAGAGCAUGGCACGAUCACGUGUCGAAUUGACGACGCCGAAAAUUUCGAGAUCACGACACUUCGCGUCGACGUCGUCUGCGAUGGUCGUCGGGCGACCGUCGAGUACACGAAAAACUGGCAGCUGGACGCGAAUCGACGCGAUUUGACGAUCAACUCGCUGUUUCUCGACCUCGAUGGCACCGUCGUCGACUAUUUCGGCGGAAUUCGCGACAUUCGCACGCGACGCGUCGCUUUUGUUGGCGACGCGCGACAAAGGAUUCAGGAGGAUUAUCUCCGAAUUCUGAGAUAUUUUCGAUUUUUUGGCCGAAUUUCUAACACAACCGAACACGAGCCGGACACGUUGAGUGCGAUAAAUGAGAAUAAAGACGGUAUGAAGGGCCUUAGCGCCGAACGAGUUUGGACAGAAUUGAAGAAAAUCGUCGUCGGACGAAUGGCUCCAGAAGUCGUCAAAACGAUGAUUGAGAAUUGCGCGUUGAACGCCUAUCUCGGAUUACCCGUAAAAUGCAAUAUUCAACGAUUCAAACAGGUCUACAAUCGAUUUCAUGGAAAAUUGGAGCCGAUGACGAUGAUCGCGUGUUUAUGCGAACGAAUAGAAGAGAUUGAGGAUUUUCACGCAAUGACCAAGCUUUCGAACCAGGAGCGCCUUCUCGGCGAAUUUCUGCUCGCCGAACGAGGCGAAGCGAUGCGAAAUUUGGAGAAUUCGAAAUAUUGGACGGAUCGGAUUGUCGAGCUCGAAGUUCGCCCGGGACAUGAUCCCGACAUUUCGCGCCUCCGCCAACGGACCAUUCAACUUGCGAUGAGUGUUCAGGCUCCCGACGAGGUCCUCCAGCUCGUUGAGACCUACAAAACGCCCAUAUUUGGUGUUUCAGGAAAAGAUUUAAUGGAAGCCGGCGUCAAAAAAGGUCCCAACGUUCGCAAUAUUCUGCAUUAUUUGUUCGAUAUUUGGAAAAAAAGCAAUUACGAGAUGGGCAAACGCGAAUUGAUGGAGCGCGCGAACGACGAGAAUAUUCCGCAGAUUGCCAGGAAGCGAUCGAAAACGCCGCCGAAAAAGCGGAAAUGCUAA